CACAAAAUUUCUUCCUGAUUGGUCUUUGCAACACGCAAUCCAGCGCGAAUUGCUUUUUGACAUAAUCUGGCUAACAGAAGUACCUACAACAUCAUUGUCAUUGACUUCGGCUUGCUCACCCUUGGCAGGUGUAGAUAAUUCUCUCAGCAGGCCCUGGAAUCUUUCACUUUCUUGUAUGCUAACAUCAUCUGCGCUAUCUGAUUCCUCUGGGACCUCUUCACCAUCUUAA